AACUUGAAAUUUUGUCUCAAGUCCAAUAAUGUUCAGGUUUCUGAUCAGUAGAUGUUUAAGUUCACCUAUGCUGACCCACAGUCUUUACUGGCAUCUCACCCAGUGUCUUCCAGGGGUCAGUCCACAGGCCUUACAGUUAGGAUUUUAUAUUCAGAACUCUGAUGGCGGGAGUGAUAAGGAUAAGUUUGGAAUAUCUGCUGCGCGGCAUCAACGUCGUCUUCAACUUCUUCUUCGCACGCUUUUCGUCAUUUCCGGUCAAGCGCUCAGAAACAAACUGUUUGCCCAGCAAGUACUUGUACAAGAAUUGUAUCAGUCUGCAGAAGCAGUUAAAACAUCAAAGGACAACAAUAGACAUAAUAUUUUAGCCCGACAUAUGGAGAACCUACAUCAUCAGCUACGGACUACACCUACCCUUGUUCCGCUGUCUGCGAGUAUGACGGCUAGUGGUGUGGAUGUAAAGAGCUGCCAGCAUUUUAACUCUAACACCUUCCCCUUGAAGGUCGUCUUGAACAGUGCAGAGAACGAUGGUGGAGUUAUUCAGAUCAUUUACAAGGUUGGAGAUGACCUACGGCAGGAUAUGCUGACCUUGCAAAUGAUUCGAGUAAUGGAUAGAUUAUGGUUAAAAGGGUCACUAGACCUUAGAAUAGUUUACUUCAGCUGUGUUCCUACUGGAUAUAAAUCUGGAAUUGUUGAAUUUGUAGAACACGCUAACACACUAAGAGAAAUCCAGGUUGCUGAGACAGGUGUUACGGGAACAUUUAGAUCUGAAACUUUAAACGAGUGGUUGCAGAAACACAAUCCUAGCCAACUAGAAUUCAAGAGAGCAGUUUCUAACUUUACAAGGUCUUGUGCUGGGUACAGUGUAGUAACCUAUGUACUGGGGAUCUGUGACAGACACAAUGACAACAUUAUGCUAAAAACAUCAGGACAUCUUUUCCACAUAGACUUUGGAAAAUUUCUGGGAGAUGCUCAAAAGUUUGGAGCAAUUAAGCGUGACCGUGUACCGUUUGUACUGACCCCGGAUAUGUUGUAUGUUAUCAACGGAGGAAAAGGGUCAACAGAGAAGUUUCAUACUUUCGUUGAACUCUCCUGCCAGGCAUUCAAUAUUUUGCGUCGGGAAGGGAACCUUAUUCUUACUCUCUUUGCAUUAAUGGCGUCUUCCGGUAUACCUGGAGUAACCAAGGAAGCAGUCAGCUAUGUGCAUGAUCGACUGCUCCUAGAUUUAUCUGAAGAGGAAGCAGCUGCUAGGUUCGGUCAACUUAUUCAUGAAUCAAUUAACAGCUCACUCAGUACACAGUUAAACUUCUUCGUGCAUAAUCUUGCGCAGCUGAAGUUCGGAAAAAGUGGCGGCAGUGAGGACAAUGUUGCGCUUUCAUUUAUUCCUAAUAAAUACAGUUUGAAGUCUGAUGGGAAGAUUAAGGAGGUUGUAGUACACGGGAUACAGAAACGAUAUGAUACGGAGAAGCACUACGUAUUCAUCCUAAAGAUUAGUCGGCAGGGUAUCAAGGAUCCAGCAUACAUUUUCAGAACAUACAAGCAGUUUUGUGAAUUCCACUCUCGUCUGUGCACUCUGUACCCUCUCACUAAAUUUCCUAGUAUUACAAACGGAUAUUCUAUAGGAAGGAGUAAUAUACGGGAGGUUGCUGAGAAGAGGAAGCGUGAGAUCGGAACCUUCUUAUCUAAUCUAUUCGUCCUAGCAGAGGAAAUAUCUCACUCCGACCUCGUAUACACAUUCUUUCAUCCUCUACUCAAGGAUGAAGAAGAAACAUCUAUACAUAUUCAGAAGCUUAAGGAUCCUCGAGGUCAUGUGAGGAAACCUAGUGUUGGUCGGAUCAAAGGUCGUCUCAAGCUGAAGGUUUACUACAGGAACCAAACCUUACAUGUUCUCAUUCAGUUCAUUGAAAACCUGGCAAUGAAUGAUGCACGGGAGGAGCCCAACUCUUAUGUAAAAGUGUAUUUGCAUCCAGAUCCAACCAAACAAACUAAACGGAAAACAAAGGUUGUGCGAAGAUCUUGUAAUCCUUCCUUCAUGGAGAUGUUAGAAUAUAGAAUACCCUUAGAUAGAGUCAGGUGCCGAACCCUGCAGGCCACAGUCUGGGACUCAAGUCAGUUUCAGGAGAAUAUGUUUCUAGGGUCCGUAACUGUUCCAUUAGAUGAUAUUGAUCUUACAACCGGUUUAGAACAGUGGUUCAACCUGGGACAAUUUUAUAGAUGAUGAACAGUGGUUCAGUGUAAAUGAUAAAGGGGGAAAUGUUCUGGUGACAAUUUACAUCUUUUAUAGAAAUGACACACUGAAGUCCUAGUUCUUUAAGAACUAUUUUAUUACGACUUUUAAUUUUUUACAUUUGUGUGAUCUUAUUUAACAGUUUUAAAUCUUGUCAAUUGUUAAUUGUAAAUUAUCUAGCCUUUUGAUAAGACGACAUGAAAAUAUAUCACUAAGGUUUCUGCACACAAAGUUUUUUGUAAUUCAUGUUUUUAAGAAUAUUAAAUUUGUUUAACUAG